AUGGACGCAAACAAGGCUUUCGAUGCCGAGAAGGGCUUGUCCCAGACUAUCAGCGAGGCGCCCGAGUAUGAGGUUCAGACUGGUCAGCAGAAUGAACUCAAGCGUUCUCUUAAGAACAGACACAUGCAGAUGAUUGCCAUUGGUGGCGCUAUUGGAGCCGGCUUCUUUGUCGGUGCCGGCGGUGCCCUCCAUACUGGCGGUCCUGCAUCAUUGAUCAUUGGUUUCUCAAUCAUUGGUAUAAUGUUGAUGGCAACCAUGCAGGCUCUUGGAGAGCUUACAGUCCUGUACCCUGUCAACGGUGCAUUCUUCACUUAUGCCUGCCGAUUUAUCUCCGAGUCUUGGGGCUUUGCAAUUGGCUGGCAAUACGCCAUUCAAUGGUUGACUAUCCUUCCUUUCGAGUUGACCGCUGCCUCCAUCACCAUCAAGUUCUGGAAAGAAGCUGCCCACAUCAACGUCGGUGUCUGGAUCGCUAUCUUCUUGGUUGCUUUGGGUGCAAUCAACUUUUUAGGCGUGAGAGCCUACGGUGAGGUCGAGUUCGUCCUCUCGAUCAUCAAGAUCAUGGCAUGCAUUGGUUUCAUCAUUCUCGGCAUUGUCAUCGAUUGUGGUGGUGUUCCUACCGAUACUCGUGGUUACAUUGGAGUAAUGUACUGGAAAAAUGGCGAAGCCUUCCGCAAUGGCUUCAAGGGCUUCUGCAGCGUCUUCGUUACCGCUUCUUUCGCCUUCGGUGGUACUGAAUUGGUCGGUCUCGCAGCCGCUGAAUCAGCCAACCCUAGAAAGGCUCUUCCCCAGGCUGUCAAGCAGGUCUUCUGGCGUAUCGCUUUCUUCUACAUCGUCGGCCUCUUCAUUCUGGGUCUCGUUGUUCCCGCCAGCAACCCCAACCUUCUCCACGCCCACGGUGCUCACUCGCAGUACUCUCCCUUCGUUAUUGCUAUCCGCCUCGCUGGCAUCAAGGUUCUUCCCUCCAUCUUCAACGCUGUGAUCACAGUCUCCGUCAUCAGUGUCGCCAACAGCUCCGCCUUUGCCUCUACCCGCACUCUUCAGGCUCUUGCUGCUCGUGGCAUGGCUCCCAAGUUCCUCGCCUACGUCGACAAGAAGGGCCGUCCCGUCCCCACUAUCAUUAUCCAGAUGGCCAUGGGUCUUCUUGCCUUUGUCAACUUGGCAGCUGCCGGCAACGUUCUCUUCACCUGGCUCUUGUCCCUUACUGGUCUUGCCAACUUCUUCGUCUGGGGUAGCAUCAACCUUGCCCACAUCCGUUUCCGCAAGGGUUGGGCACACUCUGGUCGCACUGUUGAGCAGCUGCCUUACAAGGCCAAGUACGGUGUCAUUGGCAGCUACAUUGGUCUCUUCCUCAACGUCAUCUGUCUCGUUGCUCAGUUCUACGUCGCUCUCUUCCCCGUUGGUGGCAAGCCUGACGCCCAGGACUUCUUCGAGUCCUACCUUGCCGGUCCUGUCAUCUUCACCCUUUACGCCGGCUGGAAGAUCUGGACCCGCGAGUGGAAGCUGUGGAUCAGUGCCUCUGACAUGGAUGUUGUCACCGACAUGCGCGAGUUCGCUGACGAUGAGGACGAGGAGGUCAAGGCCACUGGCUUCAUGGCCAAGGUCAAGUCUGUCACCUCCGCUUUCAUCUAA